GUCAUGUUCAUGUCUGCGCGCCGCAACGAAGCGGUGAAGUUAGCUGACUGCUUGGAAAACGGCGAAGUCAUUUCCAACCUUUUGCAAAACAGUGAAUAUUUUGAACAACCGAAACAAUGUCGGCAAGAUACGAUAGAGCGAUCACGGUAUUUUCUCCAGAUGGGCAUCUGCUUCAAGUGGAAUAUGCUCAGGAAGCUGUCAAGAAAGGCUCAACAGCGGUUGGUGUGCGUGGCGCCGACGUAGUAGUUUUAGGCGUUGAGAAGAAAUCUGUCGCUAAAUUGCAAGAAGAACGUACAGUGCGCAAAAUAUGUCUUUUGGAUGAUCACGUAAUAAUGGCUUUUGCAGGUUUGACUGCUGAUGCAAGAGUAUUAAUCAACCGUGCACAAGUUGAAUGUCAGAGUCACAAGUUAACUGUAGAAGAUCCUGUUACUUUAGAAUACAUUACGAGGUAUAUUGCAGGAUUAAAGCAAAAGUAUACACAGAGCAAUGGCCGUAGACCUUUUGGUAUAUCCUGCCUCUUAGCAGGAUUUGAUUAUGAUGGUUCACCACAUUUAUAUCAAACAGAACCGUCAGGAAUUUAUUAUGAAUGGAAGGCAAACGCAACAGGUCGUAGCGCUAAAACUGUACAUGAGUUUUUGGAGAAAUAUUAUACUACAGAAGAAGUUUCGACAGAAAGGGGUUGUAUAAAAUUAGCGAUCAGAGCGCUACUCGAAGUUGUCCAGUCUGGACAAAAAAAUCUGGAAAUAGCUGUAAUGCGACGUGGGCAACCACUGCAGAUGUUAGACACAGACACCAUAGGUGAAUAUGUAACAGAAAUCGAAAAGGAGAAAGAAGCAGAAGCGGAAAAGAAAAAACAGAAAAAGUGAUGCCUUUGUACCCCAUUGUGCAUUUCUCUAUCAUUAUUAAUUUUUCUUAUAAAAUAAAUAUGCUACAAAUAGGAAGAAGACACACAAAACUCGAUAAAAUUGUGACUUUUUUUAUUCAUACCAUUUACUUUCACAAAACUAUGUGAAGUGUGUAUACAAAACUACUAAUGUUUUAAAAUUGACAAUUACGAUUAUGGAAGAUGAUCGUAAUUUGCUGUCAGCUGUUUUCAGCAAUAAAUAAUUUCAUAUCUGUACAUACAUCUAACUAUUCAGUGUUAAUGUGUAUGUGAAAAUGCUUUCUUUUAUAUAUUAAAUUCUUUUAAAAAAGUGGUA